CGCAUUGCAUUUUAGCCAAGUCACUGGUGUCUGUGUGACUGCUGAUAACCCAGCCUCGCCCUCUGCUCGUUUUGGCUCGCAAUUUCCGGUUCCGGUUCUGGGAGCUGAGGGCUGCAGAGUGAAAACGAGACGCUCCCAGCAUGCCUUUCCUCCACGGGUUCCGGAGGAUCAUAUUCGAAUACCAGCCACUGGUAGAUGAGCUCCUUGGCGCGGUGGGCAUACAAGACCCGGAGCAGGCAGAAGUGGCACCAGACACUGCCAGUUAUCUGGCCGGACACAAUGACAAAUUAUUGGCUUUGAGUAAACUACUGGAGAGGCACUCGGACUCGGCCUAUUACAAGGAUGGGAUAAGCUACUCUCUCUUGAAGGUGGCUGAACUAGGACUGGUCCCGGCUGCUGAAAUCCUCCUCCAAUAUGGGGCUGAUCUCAACUUUGAGGAUCCAGUGACGUAUUACACAGCACUACACAUCGCAGUCCUGAGGAACCAGCCUGACAUGGUGGAGCUGUUGGUGCAGAAUGGAGCUGAUAUUAACAAGAGGGAUCGUAUUCAUGAGAGUAGCCCUCUGGAUUUGGCGAGCGAAGAGCCAGAGAGACUGUCUUGCCUUCAGCGACUACUGGACCUCGGCGCCAAUGUGAAUGCGGCUGACAAAAAUGGUAAGACGGCACUGCUACAUGCCCUGGCCAGCAGCGAUGGAGUUCAGAUCCACAACACUGAAAAUAUCAGACUGCUGCUGGAAGAAGGUGCCGAUGUAAAGGCCACCACGAAGGACUGCGACACGGUGUUCUCCAGCAUCAUUUUCCUGUUAGGAGAGACCAUAGGAUCUGACAUAGAAGAAGCCAAGCUGAUCAAUCGCUUCUGCUUCCAGGUCAGCCGGCUGCUAAUGGCCCACGGGGCUGACCCCAGCGAGUGUCCAUCCCACGAGUCCCUUACUCACACGUGCCUGAAGAGUUUCAAGCUCCACUUCCCACUCUUGCGCUUUCUGCUGGAGUCUGGCGCCUCCUACAACUGCUCUCAGCACGGCCCUUCCUGCUGGUCAGGUUUCCACAUCAUGUUCGAUAAGCUGUGUUCUUACCUGGGCAGCUGUGAGGACUGUGACUCUGCGGAACUGCUAAAUAAAGCAGAAAGUGUGCUGGACCUCAUGAUAGCCCAGUCCCCUUGCAUCUCACUACCCAGGAACUUUGAAGUAAACCUAGCAAGCUGCAGCGUCCAUGCUGAUCGAGUGACUGCCCUAUACCAGUCCCUGAAACAACUGGAGCAGUCGCCUCCUUCCCUAAAGCACCUGUGCAGGGUCCUCAUUCGCCAGAGGCUCAGGCCGUGGCCUGUAGAUGUCAAAGUGAAAGCUCUUCCCCUUCCAGACAGGUUGAAAUGGUACCUCCUCAUUCACCCCACUGCCACCUUUGAGGACGAUUUAUAGCAGUCUGAUGAAGAGCCCUGGUCUGUAAAAGACUCCAUGCCAAGCUUGGGCACUGUGUGGAGGUCCAACUCCCAGCAUGCUUUGGAGACUGACAGGCAGUCCAAGCUUGCGCUACCCAUUCAUGUUUCCGUAUGUUGGUGAAACAACAUAACCAUUUUGGCUCCUGUAACACAGAGAC